AUGACGGAAGAGCACGAUGCCAAACGCCAGCGCCUCGAGCGCAUUGGAGGAGAUGUUUUGUCCCGUACCAAGGGAUACGGAAAACUGAUUUUGAUGGGAGAGCAUUUUGUGGUAUACAAAGUGCCCGCUUUGGUGGGAGCAGUCUCUUGCUACACGGAUUGCGAUGCCGUUUUUACCGACAAGCCCGGUCUCGAAGUGAUUGAUGAACGACCUGCCGUCCCCAACUACAAGGUAACCAAAAAGGACGAAGCCGAUGUCGCCAUUGGACUUGUGUUGAAACAUUUUGGUAUUGACACAACCAAGGAGCGUGGACUCAAGCUUACGUUUGGUGGAGAUUUGUGCUGUGCCAGUGGAAUUGGAGCCUCGGCGGCUCAGGUUGUCGCCAUGGCACGAGCCUUGUCCAUUGCUUUGCCCAAGGCAAUGACCGAAGACGAAAUUAAUGCCGCCGGAUACGAAGGCGAAAAAGGAUACCAUGGAACUCCUUCUGGAAUCGACAAUACGGCUGCUACCUUUGGAGGAGUCCUCAAAUUUCAGCGCACAGAUGGCGAUCCCAUUUUUACCAAGAAAAAGGUCAGCGAACCCAUUCGUAUCGUCUACGCCAGUACUGGAAUUACCUCCAGUACUACCAAGGUUGUGGGCGAUGUCAAGGCCAAAAAGGAGGCCGAUCCAGCAUGGUUUGACGAUUUGUUGAAGAAAUACGUGGCUCUUGUGGAAAAGGGAGAAAAGGCCAUUGAUGCGGGAGACAUUACCGAGCUCGGAAAACUCUUGAACGAAAACCACACCUUGUGCCAAGAAUUGACUGUCAGCUGCAAAGAACUCGAUGAUCUCGUCACAGCGGCACGCGAAGCUGGAGCCGUUGGGGCCAAAAUGAGUGGAACAGGUCGUGGAGGUCUCAUGUUGGCCCUCACUCCCACGGCAGAAAUCCAAGAUAAGGUCGCUGCCGCUUUGGAAAAAUUGGCUCCACAAGUUUGGAAGACAACCUUUGCCUAA